AUGUUCAGGUUAAGGAGGCAAGAAGAAUGUUCACGAGAAACAUUUAGAGAAUUACAAGAGAUUCUCUUUUUCACCUCUUUUCUUGCACUUGUGUUUGCACAUCCGUCUCCUAGCCCUGCUCAGACCGAUCUAUGGGACAGUCAAUGGGCGGAGCGAUGGGCGGAGUCAGAGCCUAGCGGUUGGAAGGUGUUAGUUCCUCCAGGACGCCUAAUUACUAGCCCCGGGGAGAAGCGGCGAGGCUUUGGGAACUCCUACUACGCCGCCCUCAUCUGUGGUGGAGAACACUGGUCCUUCUAG